AUGGAUCGAUUCAGCUCUGCGGACCUUUCGAAUCCGUCCUGCGCGGCUAAGAUCUUGAAGUCCCAGUUGGAAAGCCUGCGACAUCUUGCACGGAAACGUCGGAACAAGUCCGGCAGAGAGUUCGGGGUUGCACGUACGUCUUCCGAGAAAAGGAGCUCCCGUUCCCUUGACGACACCAAGCGAGCAGACCCAUUCUGCGUGUUUUGCAAGAAGAACGGAGCUCCGAAAGAUGCUUAUCGGAGUCAUACUGUCAAGGACAAUCGAGGAAAUGUCGUUUGCCCGAUUCUCCGGAAAUUCAAUUGUGUUCACUGCAACAACGGUGGCGGGGAUCAAGCCCAUACCGCGAACUUCUGUCCCAAAAUGCGGGGAGCUUACUUGAACUCAUUCAUGAAAAAUAAAGAUGAAGCCUGA